UGGUCAUGUCAUGUUUUACCGCUCCGGGACACUAGAGGUGUCCGAGCGCGCACAGCAGGCUGCUCUCCCUCUUUUCAUUUGUUUUCGUCUUCUUCCCUUUAUCAUUGUCUGUUUAUAGUUAGCUGGACGGCUAAUUGGUAUCUGUGCCGUCACCUCGUGUUUGGCCAUUGUUGUUUAUUGUCAUCACAGAGUGCGCCUCUCGUUUGCGUUGGCGUAGGAAGGAAACGAGGAGGUCUGAAGCCGGCGGAGUCAUUGUUCUGCUCACACUGUGCCAUCAUCAGCUCCUGCGGCCAGGUGAGCGACGUUCAAGGUGUGUCAGACAUGCAUUCCUCGGGAAAGUUUUCAGACGAGCUCUCUGAAAAUUAAAAAAAAAGAAGAAGACACAGAAGAAAAUCUACACAUGUAGCCGCUCGACAGCCUGCAGACAUGUCCAUUGAAUACACCAUAGAUAUCCAGCUAACAGAGCUGGGCUUUCCAGACAUCUUGGAGGCAGACAGCUCAGCCAGAGAAACACCCCAUCACUCCUCUUCAUCACCUGAUGACUCAUUUUCACCCAGUCACUCCACCGAUUCACUCCCAGCCACCCGCAAGAAGGGGCUGUUGCUCGAGGGCAAGCACUCAUCCAAAGGUGAAGAAGCAGGUGCAGCAAAGGAGAUCUUAAAUGACCAGACGGUUGUGUGUUGCAAAGCGACGAGUCCCGCACAAGCCGACAAAGCGCUCCUCGAACUGUCAGAGCCCACAGCACACGGUCCGACCGCUGGACCAGAAACCACAGACCUUCCUCAGGGUGACGGCAGAGAGGAAGGUGUCGAUGAUGGUGACGAUGCUCGAGAGGGUUCGACAGAGGUGGAGCUGGACGACUCAGACGACAGUGCCGUUUCAGAGGUGUAUGAGGAGGAAGAGGACGAUGAGGAAGAGGACGAGGAUGAGGAAGGACCAAACAAUGAGUCGAGUCAUUCAGGUGCCUACCACUGCAGUGUCUGUGAUCUCCUGCUGCCCUCCAAAUUCAAGCUCCAGGACCACAUGAAUCUGCACACUGGAGCGCGUCCGUACUGCUGUGCUGAGUGUGGAAAACGCUUCUGCCAGAUUUACAACUACAGAGUCCACCUGCGCACCCACGCUCAGACCAAAGUAGAUCAUCUCAUGUGCCGUGUCUGUAUGAAGGGCUUUAACUCAGAGAAAGCUCUAAAAGACCACGUGUCACAAAGUCAUUUACAGGACAAGUUUUACGAGUGUGACCUGUGCAAACGUGUGUUUGCUUCCCUGAAGGACUGUGAAUUUCAUGUGGAGGUACACAAAUACAUGCUGGAUUUAACUUGUGAAGCAUGCGGCCGCAGUUUCACCUCUUCAAAAUCCCUCGCGCGCCACAAGAAGAGAGCGUGCUAUCACAACUUUAAAUGCACAGACUGCACAAAGACCUUUACUAAAAAGACCGCUCUCCUGAAACACAGCUUCUCCCAUCUCGGUUUGUUGCCUUACACCUGCGUACGAUGUCGCUGCCACUUUCGCCUGGCGAAGCUGUACCGCCAGCACAAGUGUGAACCGGAGCGCAUUCACUGCGUGGCGUGUCUGAGAGAGUUUCUCAGUCAGGAGGACUUCCAGCAGCACAAAAAGGACACAGGCUGCUGGGGAAAUCAGGAGCCUAAAGGGGAUGAGAUCCGAUGUUUGGAGUGUGGGGAGAGAUUUGACACCACUGAAGAGCUAAAGAAACAUGCCGGGGCUCACCAGAGGGUGCUGAAAUGUGCCGAGUGUGGAAAGGGUUUCCGGUCGGCCCUGCUGUUAAUGUCGCACAUGGGCGGUCAUGCUGGCAAGUCACCCUGCCUCUGUCAGAGCUGUGGACUGGGCUUCCCUCACCAGCAGAACUACGACAGCCACCUUAAGACCUGUGGACAAACACCUCAGUCUGUGAGUGCUCCCAAAAAACGCCGGGUCUCGAAGAGCUCAUCACCUGGGACACAAAAGCUCAACGCAGAACCAGAGUCAUCGACAAAACCCACAAACCCGGUGACAAAACCAACAAACCCGGUGACAAAACCAACAAACCCGGUGACAAAACCAACAAACCCGGUGACAAAACCAACAAACCCGGUGACAAAACCAACAAACACGGUGACAAAACCAACAAACCCGGUGACAAAACCAACCACCACAGUCACAAAGUCUGCUGUACCAGUAAAGGCGUGUCAUAGUCCACGACCUGUGACAAAGGAUGCGUCUGCUGACUCUGGUUCAACCGAUGGAUUAUGGAAGCUCACCCUCGACAAACAGCCUCCUCCUGGUGUUAAGCUUGUCUUCUUUCUUCCUGUGUGUCCGACUCAAAGCAAUGGCCUCCCACCUGCAAUCUCUCCGACACUAUCAGGUCCCACUAUGCAGGUAAACCUCAGAGUGAAUGCUGCUCUGGGUGCGCCACAAAAUGCCCCCCUGGAUUUAGUUAAAGAGAUUAAACAGGAUCCAGAACAUGAAGCACCUUUGGAUUUGUCUAAGAAGAGUAACUCAUCUAAGUCUGCUCUGAGCAACAUUACUUUUCCUUCUAUUAAAAGUGAACCAGCAGAAUUAGAAAUCUCAGCAGAGGCCCAUAGACACACAUUUAAAAACGGUAACAGCAAAGUAAAUGUUAAACCAAAUCCAGGAGAGGCAGCGCUAUAUCCUGAGGUGAAGAAAUUUAAAAAAGAUCACAUGGAUCUACCCCCUCUUCAUGUUAAGAACGAACCUGGUCUUGAGUUUGAUUUGUAGUAAUCCAUGCAAGCUGAAAAACAAAAAAAUCAAGAUGUAAAUUGACGUUUUAAGCCCUGUUUAUGCUGAGGUGGAGAAUUAAACAUAAAAUUUAAUUGAGGGUAAAAAAAAA